ACGCACGGAUAAACUAUCAAUUUCGAUAUUAUAUAGCUUUACCAACCCUUACUAAUUAUAUCUCGUUUGCUGUUAAACCUCCACAUUCACGUAGCAAUACAAGGAAAUGCAAACCCGUACUUCUAGUUACAUUGUCUUGAAAUUGGUAAAAAUCGCACGCCGCCCUGAACGGCCACCAAUCAGAAAUUAAACUCAGCUUGGCAUUUCAACAAACAGCUUGCGGGCGAGAAAAUUUACCCAUUCCGGCCAUUUCGCAACAGCAAAAAAAAAUAAAAAAUGUCCGCCAUGCCUCGAUCCUCCCUCCGGUAUAAAACCACCACCAUCAUGAUGCCUCCAUUCCUCCAUUCUCCGCACCUCAACCCGAUCUCCUUCUCCUUCCUCCUCCUCGCGGUGACAGGAGGUAAAAGAACGAAAAACUGUUCUUUUAUCUCCUGUUACUCUGGGUUUCAUUCAAUUAUUUCCAUAUCCAAAACAAGUCUCAAGCAGCAGCAGGGAAUCCAUCCUUUUCCCAACGGCGAUCGAUCUCAGCCGGCGACGAGAUGUCGAAUGUUCGAUCGAACAUCUCGUUUACGGACGAGCAGGUCUGCUACACCUUCCCGGCAAGGCUCCGGUCCGGCGGCGUUUUCUCCCCCGCCGAGCGGCUCGGCGUCCCCCCGCUCGACGAUUUCUUCACCGGCACCGUGCAGCUCCUCAACAUCCAGAUUCUCAUGAUCGUCAUCCUCAGUAACCUGCUCCAUUUCUUCCUCCACCGCCUCGGCAUCAUCUCCUUCACCUCCCAGUGCCUGGCAGGGGCGAUCUUAGGGCCAACUAUCCUGGCCAGAUACGACUACUACAGAGACCACAUCUUCCCACAGAAGAGCCAGGACGCCCUCGUCGUCACCGCAAACAUGGGCUACUCGAUGUUCAUGUUCCUCACCGGCGUCAAGAUGGACUUCGGGAUGCUGCUCCGGUCUGGCCGCAAAGUCAUGAUCUUGGGAAUCGCCACGGUGCUCCUCCCUUACAUGAUCGGCCUAGGGUUCCAGUUCACCCGGCUCGAGGCGGCUCCCGGUCUGCUCGAACGGAUGCAAAUAAUCGGUUCGACCGCGAUCCAAUCGAUGACCACGUUCCCGGUCGUUUCCCACCUCAUGACCGAGCUCAAGCUCACCAACACCGAGCUGGGCCGCCUGGCCCUGUCCACAUCCCUGAUCUCGGGCAUCGUCGCGGCCUCCCUCGAGCUCGGGGCCACCAUCAUCACCCAGAUCCGGGGCAUCCUCAACGCGGGCAUGACCUUGGGCUCGGCCCUCUUUGCGGCCUUCGUGCUCAGGCCCAUCAUGGUCUGGGUCAUCGGCCAGACCCCCGAGGGCCAGAAGGUCCACCCGGCCUGCGUCCCGCUCCUGUUCGCCGUCGCCAUGGUGUACCAGAUCUUCUUCGACGCCAUGAACCAGUCCCCCGCGAUGGGGCCUUUUGUCCUGGGCCUGGCGGUCCCUCCCGGGCCUCCUCUGGGCUCCGCCGUGGUCCAGUCCAUGGAGACCGUCACCACCUCCGUUUUCUUCCCGUUGUUCGUCGUCACCGCCGUCAUGAGAGGAGAUCUGUCGUCCUUCUUCUGGCAGUUCGAUAACAAGGGGUAUUACGGAAGCUCGCUGGUGAUGGCGACGGUCACCAAGUUCCUCGUCUGUCUGUUCCUGUCGCUGCCGUGGAUGCCUCGUACGGAUUCUGUUGUUCUUUCCCUCAUCAUGUGCUCCAAAGGCGUCUACGAGCUUAGUGUCUACACUUUUCAUAGAGAUACCACGUCGAUAAACGAAGGGUUGUUCUCGCUAUACGUGGUAGCCAUUUUCAUCAACAGCGUCAUAAUCCCGAUCCUAAUAAAGCACCUCUACGAUCCGUCGAGGAAAUACGCGGGAUACCAGUCGAGGAACCUCUUCAGCCUGAAGCCCAAGACGGAGCUGAGGGUCCUCCCGUGCAUAUACAAGCCCGACCACAUCAUCUCCGCGAUCAACCUCCUCGAUCUGACCUGCCCUACCCAGGACAGCCCGCUCGGGGUCUACGCCCUCCACCUCGUCGAGCUCGUGGGUCGUGCCACGCCCGUGUUCGUGUCACACCAGAAGCAGAAGCCCGUCUCGGACUCCUGCUCCAUCGACGUCAUCCUCGCGUUCAACCAGUACGAGCGGCGGAGCCAGCAGCAGCACAUCGGCACGCCCCACGCGGCGGCCACCACGACGACGGUCGGCACCUUCACAUCGAUCUCGCACCACAGGUUCAUGUCGGACGACAUCUGCACCCUCGCCCUCGACAAGGAGGUCUCCCUCCUCCUCCUCCCUUUCCACGUCAAGUGGGGUGCCGACGGGCGGGUCGAGUGCGCGGACAACUCGUUCAGAAUCGUCAACUCCAAGGUCCUGGAACGAGCUCCCUGCUCCGUCGGAAUCUUCUUCGACCGAGGGAGCUUCGUUUCCAGACAAACUACAUCAGAUGAUGAUCAACCUGACGAUCAUUUCUACUCGGUGUGUGUGAUCUACAUGGGAGGCGGGGACGACCACGAGGCCCUGUGCUUCGCGAUGCGAGCGGCGAGGGAGCCGAGCCUGAGGCUCACCAUCUUGCACUUGGUCCCGAGCGACGACGACGACGACGACGAUAUCAGCGUGAGCCGGAGGAGGAACGCGCGGAUGGCGAGCGAGAGGCUGUACGACGAGGUGGUGCUGAAGGAGGCAAUGAAGGGGAUUUCGGGGCUGGCCAAUGUGAGGUACGAGGAACAUGCGGUCGAGGAUGGGCCGCAGACGGCGCUGUUGGUUCGAGAGAUCGCGAACGAGCAUGAUCUGUUCGUGGUUGGAAGGAGGCACGGGAUGGACUCGAAGCAGACCAUGGGGUUGACCGAGUGGAGUGAGUUCCCUGAGUUGGGAGUGGUUGGGGAUUUGUUGGCUUCUCCGGAUCUUGAGACCAAGACUUCUGUAUUGGUUGUACAACAACAGAAACAAGUCAAGAAGUAGAUAAUAGGAAAUACACAUGAAUGAAACCAGUAGUUUUUUCCUUUUUGAAAACUUUCUUGCACUAGUAUUCGUGACUGUUGGAUUGAUCGUAUACCUAAUGUGGGCAAAGUCGGAAGUAGUGCUGAUAUCCCGCGCGAUCAGCGACGGCGACUCGGGCAAAUUGACGAACUGUUAUCCCACAGACCAUGCGGUUUCAAGGGUUUUGCUUGUAACUAAAAAGCGAGAGAAAUAAACCUUUUAUUUAUUAAUUAGAUUACGAAACUACUGCCGAACUUACAUAAUUUUUUAUAAGAAAUAAAUCUAAUACGUAAACCCUAGCUAACCCCAAACCCUACUACUACUCUAGCCAACUCGGCCGCACCUAGAACAACACUCCUAAUCGGCCAAUAAUUACUAAGCCCACACUUAUAACCCAAAACACAUAGCUCAUACUAACUACUAACAUGCUAGACCCACUAAUCCCCCAACUCAUGCAACUUAACCAUACGACUAACCCAACACAUUUGGUCUCAUGUCAUCACAAAUAGGGAGCAUUUUCUCACACAUGCCUUCUUUGCCGGUGGAUCGCACGGGUACGUUAUAAGAUAUAAAUCCAUACAAAUUAACUCUAUUUCUUAAGUUUGUUACGAAUUUUAUAUGUAAUUUUUACUUAUAUUUCAAAAUUAAGAGGGGGUCGAGGCCUUACCAUUACUCUAUUAUUCUAUUUCGUAAAAUUCUACAUACAAAAUUCUAUUAUAUGACAUGCAAAGUGUUGGAGGAUAGUAAGUUUGUAUAUAUUUAAACUACCCUUUGCUAAACUUUUACAUGUAAUUGUAUCGACAACUCUAUUUAUACUCCCUCCUCGUUUUAACCUAACUUCGUCACUAAAUCAACAUGUCGAAGUCCGAAUCCGAAACUCUGGUCGUUUGGUUUUGGUAAUAGUUUGGUGGGGAUAGUUACAAUACAUGCAUUGUUCACAAUGCAUCGUUAUUUUUUUAAUUUUCUGCACAAACAAUCCAUGCAUUGUUUACUUGAUGCGACACAAACUAUUACUCAAAAUGAGGGAUAGUUAAAUCUUAAGUUUUUUGUGAGAUUGUCGAGAUUGUUUGUUUGAGAUUGUUGGAGUUUUUUCUUCUUCCAACUAUGUCCCUACCUUUAGAUGUGUUUUGCUCUUUUUUAUAUUAAAAACAAAGGGUCAAAUUGGCA